AUGUCUAUUGAAAGAGUGCCAAUUUUGGGUAAGGAAACUAUCCAUGUUGGUUAUGGUAUUGCUGACCAUAUUGUCAAUGAAGUGAUAGCCAACUUGGCUUCUUCAACUUAUGUUAUAGUGACUGAUACAAAUAUGGCAAGAACUCCCCAAUAUUCCAAAUUGACUGAUGAUUUCAAAACUAAUUUGUCUAAAAAACGCCCUGAAUCCAGAUUAUUAACUUAUUGUGUGUCACCAGGUGAAAAUAACAAAAAUAGAGUAACCAAAGCUGCUGUGGAAGAUUUUCUUUUACAACAAGGUUGUACCAGAGACACCGUCAUAUUAGCUGUUGGUGGAGGUGUUAUUGGUGAUAUGAUUGGGUUUGUUGCUGCCACAUUUAUGAGAGGUGUCAGAGUUGUUCAAGUUCCAACUACAUUGUUAGCCAUGGUCGAUUCAUCUGUUGGAGGGAAAACAGCUAUUGAUACUCCAUUGGGAAAGAAUUUCAUUGGGGCUUUCCAUCAACCUGAAUACGUUUUCUGUGAUGUAUCCUUUUUAGAAACUUUACCUGCUAGACAGUUUAUUAAUGGUAUGGCUGAAGUUGUGAAAACUGCCGCCAUUUGGAAUGAAGAAGAGUUUACUAGAUUGGAAAACUUUUCCAAGAAAUUUCUUUCUGUGGUUACCUCCAAAAAACCUGAUUUACAAUCAAUUAAGGCCGAAUUAGUGAAAACCGUUUUGGAAUCUGUUAGAGUAAAGGCUGGUGUUGUGUCAUCUGAUGAAAAGGAAGCAGGUCUUAGAAAUUUGCUUAAUUUUGGACAUACUAUUGGUCAUGCAAUUGAAGCUGUUUUAACUCCAGAAGCAUUACAUGGGGAAUGUGUUUCUAUUGGUAUGAUUAAGGAAGCUGAAUUAUCUAGAUACUUGGGUAUAUUACCACCUGUCGCAGUUGCAAGAUUAUCUAAAUGUCUCGUUGCUUAUGGUUUGCCUGUAUCUAUUGAUGACAAAGAAUUCUUGAAAAAGGUCGGUCCAAAACGUCAUUAUGUUGAAAUUGAUAUUUUGUUGAAAAAAAUGGCAAUUGACAAGAAAAAUGAUGGUAGCAAAAUUAGAUGUGUCUUGUUAGAGAAAAUUGGAAAAUGUUACCAAUUGAAAGCACAUCAAGUCUCCAAACAAGAUUUGAGUUUUGUAUUGACGGAUGAAGUAUUGGUUCACCCAUUUACAAAUCCACCUAAAGAAAACAUCAUUGUCCCCCCUGGUUCCAAAUCUAUCUCCAAUAGAGCAUUGAUUUUAGCUGCUUUGGGUAAUGGUACUGUUCGUGUGAAAAAUUUGUUACACUCAGACGAUACUAAACAUAUGUUAGAUGCUGUUGCUUCUCUAAAGGGAGCUGAGAUUUCUACUGAAGAUAAUGGUGAAACUAUUGUAGUUAAAGGAAAUGGCGGUAACUUGGUAACAUGUGGUGAAGAAUUAUACUUGGGUAAUGCUGGUACUGCUUCCAGAUUUUUGACGACUGUAGCAUCAUUGGUGGGGAAAUCACCAGCUAGCGAUGAUGUUAUUUUAACCGGUAAUGCAAGAAUGCAAGAGAGACCUAUUGGCCCAUUAGUGGAUGCCUUAAGAUCUAAUGGUUCCGAGAUCGAGUAUUUGAACAAACAGGGCUCGUUGCCAUUGAAAAUUAGUGCUGGUAAUGGCUUGAAAGGGGGAAGAAUAGAAUUGGCUGCAACAAUCUCUUCGCAAUAUGUUUCUUCAAUUUUAAUGUGUGCACCAUAUGCUAAGGAGCCUGUUACUUUGGCUCUAGUUGGCGGCAAACCAAUUUCUCAAUUAUACAUAGAUAUGACAUGUGCAAUGAUGAAAUCCUUUGGUAUUGAAGUCACUAAAUCAACCACUGAGGAAUACACUUAUCAUAUUCCAAAGGGAAUCUACAAGAAUCCAACCGAGUACGUCAUUGAAUCAGAUGCCUCAUCUGCAACUUAUCCAUUAGCAUUUGCUGCCAUGACUGGAACUUCAUGUACUAUUCCAAACAUAGGCUCCUCUUCAUUACAAGGAGAUGCAAGAUUUGCUGUUGACGUGUUAAAACCAAUGGGUUGUAAAGUUGAACAAACAGCAACUUCAACAACUGUAACUGGCCCACCAAGAGGUCACUUGAAACCAUUGCCUCAUGUUGAUAUGGAACCAAUGACCGAUGCAUUUUUGACUGCCUCUGUUGUUGCUGCAGUUGCUAAAGGUGGUUCUACUUCUAUAACUGGUAUUGCUAACCAAAGAGUUAAAGAAUGUAAUAGAAUUGAAGCCAUGGUCACUGAAUUGGCAAAAUUUGGUGUGUCAGCAAAUGAAUUACCUGAUGGAAUUGAAAUACAUGGUAUUGAUAUUAAAGAUUUGAAAACACCAGAAAUUUCUGAUAGAGGUGUAUGUUCUUAUGAUGAUCAUAGAGUGGCUAUGUCAUUUUCAUUAUUGGCAGGUUUGUGUAAAGAGCCUGUUUUGAUUUUGGAAAGAUCAACUACUGGUAAGACUUGGCCAGGUUGGUGGGAUAUCUUACAUUCCAAAUUCAAGAUUGAACUUGAUGGUUAUGAACCACCGUUCAAUACUGAUAAACAUGUAAUUAAAUCUAGCGAUAAAGGUGUUAUUGUCAUUGGUAUGAGAGGUACUGGAAAAUCUACUUUAUCUGAAUGGUUAGCUUCCUUUUUGGGAUUCAAGAUGUUGGAUAUGGACAAAUAUCUCGAAGAGAAGUUGGGCACUGACAUUAAAUCAUUGAUAAAAGCUAAAGGUUGGGAACAUUUCCGUAAAGAAGAAGCAAUUGUUGCCAAAGAAUGCUUUACCAAGUUUUCCAAGGGUUAUGUCCUUUCUACUGGAGGUGGGAUUGUUGAAGGCGAAGAUGCCAGACAGCAAUUGAAAUCUUAUGCUGAUAAUGGAGGAAUUGUUUUACACUUGCAUCGUGAUUUAGAUGAAACUGUCACUUUCUUGGCUGCUGAUACAACCAGACCUGCUUAUAGCAGUGAAGUCCAGGAAGUAUGGUUGAGAAGAGAAAAAUGGUACCAUGAAUGUUCGAACUAUCAUUUCUAUUCGAGUCACUGCAGCACUGAGGACGAAUUCAAUCAUUUGAGAAAGUCUUUUGUAAAUUACAUUAAACUUAUUACUGGUGCUGAAAGAUCAGUUGUACCAACUGGUAGAUCAACUGCUGUUGUCUUGACAUUACCAGAUUUAAAUAAUGUUGCUGGAGAUUUGGAAUCUAUUACAAUCGGCGCAGAUGCAGUUGAAUUAAGAGUUGAUUUAUUGAAAGAUACUUCAGCUGCCUUUGUUGCUGCUCAAAUUGCAACAACAAGAAAGCAUGCUGAUUUACCAAUUAUUUACACUGUUAGAACUGUAUCUCAAGGUGGUAAAUUCCCUGAUGAAAAUGUUGACGAAUUGAAGAGUUUGUUGUUACUUGGAAUCAGACUAGGUGUUGCAUAUAUUGAUCUUCAAUUGACUGCUCCAAAUGAACUUAUUGAAGAGAUUAGUAGCAAGAAGGGUUUCACCAGAAUCAUUGGUACUUAUCAAGAUAUAAAUGGUGAAUUGAAAUGGAAUAAUGUUGAAUGGAAAAACAAGUAUAAUCAAGGUGUUUCCAUGAAUGCAGAUAUUGUGAGGUUAGUCGGUAGAGCAAACUCAAUUCAAGAUAACUUAGAUUUGGAAGACUUUAAAAAGCAAAAUACCUUGAAACCAUUGAUUGCUUUCAAUUUAGGUACUCAAGGUAAGUUAUCACAAGUAUUAAAUGGAACAUUUACUCCUAUUUCUCACCAAUUACUUCCAAAUGACGAUGGAUUAUUGACAAUAGGCGAAAUAAAUCAAACCUAUUUUGAUAUUGGAGGUUUUACUGCUAAGAAAUUCUGGGUUAUUGGCUCACCAAUUGAACAUUCAAGAUCUCCAAAUUUGCACAAUGCUGGGUAUAAGGCAUUGAAUUUGCCUUAUCAAUUUGGCAGAUUUGAAGCUACCGAUGUUGAUGUUGUCUAUGAUAACUUAAUCAAUAAGUCCGACUUUGGUGGUUUAGCCAUCACUAUGCCAUUAAAAUUGGACAUCAUGAAGUUUGCUACCAAAUUAUCUGAUGCAGCAGAAACUAUUGGAGCUGUCAACACAUUGAUUCCAGUUGAAGGUGGAUAUUUUGGUGAUAACACUGAUUGGGUGGGUAUCAGUAAUUCUUUUAUAAGAGCAGGUGUUCCACCUAAACUGAGUUCGAAUGGUUUAGUUGUUGGUGCAGGAGGCACUUCUAGAGCCGCUAUCUAUGCUUUACACCAAAUGGGAUGCACAAAGAUUUACUUGGUUAAUCGUACUGUUGCUAAAUUGGAAGAACUUGUCAAGUCAUUCCCUAAAGAUUACAAUCUCGAAAUUGUUGAAACUGAACAACAAGCCGAUAAAGUAAAUAAAGUCUUGUUGGCAGUAUCAUGCAUUCCUGCUGAUAAGCCAUUAGACAGCGACGUGUUGAAGAAAAUCGAGAGAAUUUUAUCUAAUGGAAGUGAGCAAGUUGCAGGUUUCAAACCAACAUUAUUGGAAGCUAGUUACAAACCAAGAGUGACACCAAUUAUGAAACUUGCUGAAGAACAAUAUAAAUGGAAAGUUAUUCCAGGUGUUGAGAUGUUGGUGAAUCAAGGUGAUAGACAGUUCAAACUUCAUACUGGUUUUAGUGCACCAUAUGAAAUUAUCCAUCGUGCUGUUGUUGAGGAAUAA